UUGAUUUUUGCGAGGGUUCACCAAUUCCCUUCUUGGCGAAUAGGGUUGCUACGUUGCAGCUUGCAAGAGCUCGUCGAUUCCUUGGGUGAAAAUUUGCCACCGGCGGAGUCUCUUCGUUGUCCACCACCCACAAUCCGCCGUCCCUACGCCGACCAAGAUUUGAUUUCUACCAACGUUCUGAUGCUCAGCCACCACUGCGCCGAGUAGCCACUGCAGCAUCACUCACACACACAUCCUUGGCACUGCCAUGGCGAUUCCCUUCGGGAAGAUCACCAUUCUCGUUGGAGCUGGUAUCGUUGGCUCAGUUCUGGCAAAAGAAGGACGCCUGCCAUAUGUAUCCGAUUUUGUCUCGGGUGCUUUUAAGAUUGCUCUAAAGCGUAUGAGUCGAGAUGACUCUAGCACUUCAAAAAGCAAGCCUCGGAAUGAAUCUUUAAUGGCUCAGGUAAAAAGCUUACAGCAGGAACUGCAAAUGUUAGCAUCAAAUCGUUCAAUGACAAUUGUGACCAAUGGCGGGACAGGGGGUAGGAAAUAUGGCAUUGUCAUUCUUGUCGUUGUAGUAGGAUAUGGGGUCGUUUGGAUUAAGGGAUGGAAACUUCCUGAUAUGAUGUUUGCUACAAAGCGUAGUCUAUCUGAUGCUUGCAGUUCCGUUGCUAGGCAGCUUGAGAGUGUUUACUCAUCCAUUUCGGCUACAAAACGGAAUUUAUCUUCAAAAAUGGAUCAUGUGGACAAAAGUUUGGACGAAUCUUUGGAUCUCACUGCUGAGACACAAGAAAAGGUCUCAGAACUACGAGGUAAGUCAGAUACUUUUGGCAGGGAUAUUAAAUCCGUUCAUCAUGCAGUCCAGAAUUUGGAAAAUAAACUUUGGAGUUUUGAAGAAAAGCAGGACCUAACAAAUGAAGGUGUUAGGAGAUUGUGUAAUUAUGCUUGGAACAGCAAUUCCUUCUAGUUCCUCUCGGCCUUCUCUUGAACUCCCUCCAACAACACCUUCACCAAAGCAAAAUCGGCCAUUGCCGAUUGGUUUUUCACCAGAAGCGCUGUCUCCCUCCGAAUCUAAUCCUUCUCCGAACCAGGUUCAACGGCAAUCCCUCCAAAGUGCUGAAUCUCAGAUUCAACCGCGAUCCCUCCAAAGUGCCGUCUCGGACCCUGGCUUGAUGUUAAAUGGAGCUACGAUUGUAAACACGCCAUCGAGCAGCAGCAGCAUCGAUAAAACACCCAAUGGUAGCAGCAGUACAUCGGAUUCCCCCAAGAGCGAGGUCGGGAAUCCCGGUCUUUCUGGACUCGGAUUUCUUACCAGAACGAGGAGCGCGAUGAGUGCAGUGUUCCGGCAGGCUCGCCCGAGUAUUCAAUCCUGAGGAGACCUUUCUUUUGCCGGUACUGUGAGGACUUUUGUUAUAUAGCUAAAGCUAGAAGUUGCCCAGCCCAGAUGAAGAAGAUAUCGUAUAGCUUCUGGUGGGUACAGAAUUUUGUAGUUAUGAUUAUAAAGCUUUUCUUUUUCUUUUGCUUCUUUUUAGGUUCUAAGUGGUUAUCUUAUUUUUUGUCUUACGUUAAUAAAAUGCUCUAAAUUGUAAUGUUAUUGGUGGUGGAUUCUGAAGCCUUUUCA